UGAGAACUUUUUGAGAAAAAUAGGACUUAAGUUGAUAUCAUAAUAUUUAAAAGGAUUAUAACCAGUAUUUGGUAUUUUAAUCUCAUAAAAACAUUUAACGGAUUUAAAUUCAAAAGUGUUAAACACAAACUUAAGUUGGAGGCAUUCCAAUGCAGGUAAAAUAUAUAUGGAAAUGUUGAAAAACAUGUCACAAACACAGCAUGAAUAAUGACAUUCAAAUAUUAAAACAACUGUUGAAUGUUUGGAUAAAUUAAACAUCUAAUUAGGCCAACUAGGAUAUUGGAUACAUAUGUUUGACCUUAUCAAUCAAGCAAAGUUAUUCUAAGUGAGAGUUAUCUGAACCAUAUGUGAGGUAUCAUAUUCUCAUAUCUCAACACUAGUAAGUUUAAUACACACAUACUGUGCUAUAUAUUGGAUAUAGACCUUUCAGAGCAUGAACCUGUAAGGAACAUUCCCAGCAUCUAUUCAAUUGAUGAUUAAAGGGCAGUUAAUUAAAUGCACCUGACGCUGUCCUCAAAUUAGGACCUCCGGGACAAUACCUUUUCAUUGAUUCUGAGAACUGUGAGUUAAAAAACUGUGGUUAAAAUACAAGUGAUUUCUAUUGUAAUUUAUUGUGAAUGGUGAACCUAUAGGAGCGUCAUGAGCACCCAGGGCUAUAGUACUAGUGGAUAUGAGUUUGAUAAUAUGACUACUUGGUCUGUGAGAGUGGAUCACGCUACAGUAGCAACACCUACUAAAGACACACAACAGGCUUAUAACAACCAAUCCCAGGAGUAUAAACCCCAACAACAGGGGACAUACUAUACAAGUGAACAUAUCAAUAUUGGCUACAAUGGUGACAGUAAUAAUGCUAAUCAAGACACCGAAUCAAGAGAUCAACAACCAGAUACUGGAAUUAUAAACAAUUAUGCUAAUUAUGAGAAACAAGGUGACUCAUUAUCAGCUAGUUAUGGACAACCUGUAGACAGUAGGCAAGCACAGGAGCAACACUAUGAAGGUAGCAAACCAGUAGGAUACAGCCAAUAUAACAAUCAACAGCAGAACACAUACCAAGAUAAUUCUUAUCAAAAAAGCGCUAAUGAGGUUAACUCUAAUGAUGUAGGCGGUCAAAAUGCUGACCUCAAUCAGGGCCAUGGCAGUAACUCUCAUUUAACACAAACAAACGUCAUUAUUCACGAGAGUUCCAUAAACAAUACAGAAGUGGCGGAUUCAGGAGAAGUCUCACCACCAUUAAAAAGUUUGGAUGUUACUGCGAAUGAUAAACUUUGGAAGCGUGAUGUAACAGCACCAGGGGUGUCUGACAGUGAAAGUGAUCAUAGCGCCUCAUCCCAAGAUACUAUGAUAAUGAUUAACACUAAUGAUAGUCCAGUCAUAGAUAGUAAUAACACACAGUCGCAUACCUCUGACGUUUAUCAGUCAAGUGGCGUACCUUAUACCAGUGGGUAUCAAAGCAGUAUAGUAAGCUCAAGUCAAAGUUCAUAUCACAGUAGUGAGGAAAUGAACAACGAGUUAAACAGGAGUAACCUAAACAAAGAUGAGUACAUAAAUACGGACUAUAAAACCACAGAGAACAGUACCUCAGGGGUAACAAAGCCUGGAGGAAUCACAGGGAGCUAUUCUACUGGUGAUAACAAACAGGUGCCAUCUACGUCUCUCAGUGAAAGUGAAAACUCUCCUGUGAAUAUGGAUUACAACAGUACAAGUUAUACCUCUCAGUCCCUAUCUACUAGACACCCACAGGUAGCUGGCUAUGUGAAUUCUGGCAGUAGUAAUUCAUACCAGGGAGGGUAUACAGCUGCUAAUGGAGGCCGGACAGUUCAACAGGGCAACUCUCAGUAUAGGGAAGAUAAGCAAUUCUCAAAUUACCCCAAUGUACAGGCAACACCUAGUUCUACACCAUCCAAGAUGAAUCAAACUGGUUCAAAAUCGCCAGCAAAGAACAUUGGCAUUUCACCUGGAAAAGACAGUAAUAAAAUGGAUUAUUAUACGAGGGACUCACCAAGUGAUAAAAAAUCAGUGAGUAAAUCGGGAAGUUACGCUGUGAGAUCUACAAGAGGGGAGUAUCACUCACCACAGCGAGACCAAACUUCAGUGAACACAGCUAUGAAUGAAUCAAUCGAAAGCAUUAAAUCAGGACUUAAAGAUGGUAUACCUGUUAACAUGGUUGUUAUUGAACCAAAACUGAACACAGGAAUCUUAUCUUAUAAAGGAAAAUACCCAGAUAAGCCUAAAAAAUCAGUCACUUGGGAUCUACCUGAGACCACUCGGAAUGUUAAACCAACAUUGAUAUCUAAGCUGUUUAAAUCAUCAGGUGAUAAAAAAUCUAAAAAUGAGGACAAAGGUAGUGGAAGCCCUGUCGCAUCUCCCAGUAAAUCUGAGCCUGUCACGAGCCUGUCAUCGACAACUGUUAAAACGACUGUAGCGCCACCUGCCAUUAAAACAUCACAUGGAUACGUGGCCCAACAUCAAAUUCCAAGCUUCAAAGAAAUGAAUCAGGCAUUGAAAAAAUCUUUGGAUAGGAAAUCGGAAUCUGAUACUCCUGAGGAAUUUGGUAUUGAGGGCAUUAAACCUUUAGAGAACACCGAACGAGACCAAGCUCCUGUUCAGAUAAUCCAUACAAAAAAUCAAAAACCUCUAGAUGGCAUUUCUGAACCUGAGGAUUCUGAUCAAAAUGAAGCUGAUAGUGUACAAACCUUAGAUAGCGUCAGUCAACAUACUUCAAAUAACACCUUUGGUAAUAAAUCAAAUGCCAAGCAGCCAUCUGGACAGAUUAAUAACCCUGUAUCACAACCUGUUGAACCCAAAUCGCCUCUGAAGGAUUGGAAACCUCUCAAUGUUGGUGCUAUUGUAGGUAAAUCUGACCAAGAGGUUACACAUCAAAAUACAACAAGGGUUACUUUUAAUGAAGCUCCCCAGGGUAGUAACUACACCCAAGUCUCUAUGAAAGAAAACACACCUGGACAGCCUGUAUCAAAUAACAAACCUGAACCAGCCAUAAAGCCAAAGCCUCCAAUAAUUUCAGCAAAGCCAGCAGUGAAACCUAAACCAAUCUUGAAGCAGAGUGGAACAUCUGGCAAGAAUCAAUUGACUGCUGAUGGUAACCAGCCUGCUAACAUUGAAAAUCCAGCUGAGACAUUUCAACAUAAAGUUAAUUCAGGUUCAAGUGGGUCUAAGGAUCAAAGUAUCAAUGCAACAACACAGCAGACUACAAGUACAAGUACCACUAUAAAUAACACUAUAAAUGUCACACAAUCAAAUAAAGGAGACAUCAAUAUGGACAAAAGUCAAUAUGCAUAUGAUGAUUUACCUCCACCCCCUCAAACUUGGAAUGAAAGUACAAUUAGAUAUGAAUUGAAUCAGGGACAUGAUUCCUCUCCCCAGCCUCAGUCAAUGCCCACUACUCCUGGGCCCUCUACCCCUGGGGCCCCUUCAUAUGUUACCCCAACCAGUCCAUAUAACCAGGGAUCUUACCAGUACAAAGGCCCAGAAGAAGACAUCCCCUACCCUGCUUAUAGCUUCAAGGAAGAUCUUCCCAACACAGGUGCCUCAUAUCAAAGUAACAGUUAUACUAAAUCUACACCAACAUAUCCUGAGGAAUCCAAGCAGCCUCCACAGAUGCAACAACAAUUUCCCAAUAAGCAACAGUCCCAAACUGAUGAACCAGAUGCUGGUGCUAAGAGGCCCCAACCAUCCAAUGCCCACCCACCCUCUCCUGUAUAUAAGCCAUCCACUAAUCUUACAUCAGCAGCUUCCAAGCCCUCUCCUACAACACCAAAGCCAGGGUUAUCUGCCUAUGAAAGGUUAAUGUUGAAUUCCCCUUAUGCCAAGAAAACAUCUCCACAGAAUAAAUCCUCUCCACCAUCAACUAAGCCACCAAGUCCUCUAACUACGAGCCCUGCCCCCAAGGCUUUCCCCCAGGGGUUGAGUCCCAAUGCCCCCAAGGCCCCUGCUGUGUCCCAGGGAGCCUCCCCCGUAUAUAGUGGUUUCAAGGUGCAGAGAUCCAGCGGUAACUAUGAAAAACAAGAUGGAGUCCAAUCUGGUAACUUGAGUCAACCUCAAUACUCCAACCCCUCCCAGGGACAACCCCCACAGUAUACCAGCCCCUCUCAGGGACAACCCCCACAGUCUGCCUAUGAGCGAACUAGGCCAUCAUCUGCCAUGGGAAACCUAGUCAAGCAUGAGCCAUACAACAGGAGUAGCCCCACCAUUGACCAAUCAAAUGCUCACCAGGGGGCACUGCAAGCACCUACCCAAGAUCGUGUAAGAUCAGCAUCAGCUAUGAGUAACCUGAUCAAGCAAGCUCCAUACAGUCGUAGCAGUCCGUCCAUAGAUAGUCUCUCAGGUAGAGAAUCCCCUUAUUCUACUUCUGGGGACAGCAGACCACCAAGUGCCUUGGACAAUAUCAAUAAGAAUGCUCCAUAUGCUCGGAGUAGCCCUUCACUGGACAGCCAGCAGGGAGAUAGGGACACACCCUAUGGUACUGUACCCUAUGAGAGAAAUAGGCCAGCAUCUGCUAGUUAUGCAUCACCCCCAAGAGGCACACUAGAGCGACAUCCAUCAUCAGCUUCUAACACCUCAGGGUCCACUUUAACUGGGUCGUAUAUUGGAAUGCCUGAGGGCCAAUACAACAGCAUGUACGAUCUUCCCAAGCACAACACAGGAGAGUUUAAUGCACCGAGGAGUCAAUCAACUAUAGAGCUACCUAAUACUGGUGACUAUGGUUACAAUGAGAAGAAUAGAUGGAGUGACAUGUCAUACACUAGCGAAAUGAGUCUCAACUAUCAGGAUGAGCAGAGAGGGCAGAAAUCUCAAACCCCGACUCCCACUCCGACUGAAACAAGCUCCUUAUCGAGUGACACAUCAAAGGUUUCUAGCAAAGCCGACCUGACAAAACAUGGUAAAGUGGACAAGAAUAAGGACAGCAAAGACCCCUUUGUUCGCGGAAAUAAAGGUCGAUGGAGUGGGAAAUUUCGACUUUCGAAACGUAGCAAGAAAAAGAAGGCAGAGCUUGCUGAGAAACAGGCACAAAUGGCAGCUGAGUUGGAGAAACGGGCAAAGGAGAAGGCUGAGCAACAGAAACCUAAAGACUGUGAAUAUCAGGGUUUCGCCUUUGCACUUGAUCCAACCACAGGUAUGAUGGUUAUCAAAGCCAAGGAGGAACCAAAGCCAAACCCAGACAAUAAAGGACAUGUUCAAUCAAGAAAUCAAAGUGACCGAUCUGAGGCAGGUUUCCAGCAGUCUUCUCAAGGUAUGGGUCCACCCCAAACUAAUGAUAAUCCCCUUACUAUUAACAUACCUGGACAGGUGAACUCUGCAUAUCAAUACCCAAGUGCCCAACAGGAGAGUGUAUAUGAGCCUGUUAAUACAAAAGCCCAAACUGGGGGUGGUGGAUAUGACACUGUGGACUCUAAACAAGAGACAAAGCAACAGAAACCUGUAGCCUCAGGGGGGAAACUCCAAGAUGGAAUGCUAGUUGAGGAGAGAGGUGUACCAGAAGGUGCGAGUAGCUCCCCAGGGUCAUCUAUGGACAAUGUAUCAGUACCCUCUAAUUCCCCCUUGGCAGCUACCAACACUAAACAAGCACAGUUGGACUCUUAUAAUAAACAGAUAGCUGAGCAUCUUCAGUAUUCUAACAAUAAACAGCCAGCUGGGGGGAAAUCUCAAGAUGUUUCCGCCAAUCUAAAUCCUCCGAAUGUUUAUCAUUAUGGACAACCUAACACGUAUCAUGCAAGUAGUCCCAAGGGACAGUCCCCGGGAUAUAGUCCCCAGCAAAGUAGUCCUUCACAAUAUCCAGUUUAUGGACAGGGGUCAUCUCAAUAUCCAGCUCCAGGCCAGGGGUCUUCUCAAUAUCCAGUGCAUAACCAGGGAGGGUCAGACCCAUACUCGUAUACUAACCAACAGGGGCCAUAUCAAUAUAACAAUCAAGGAUCUGGUCAGUACACCGACCCUAGGUCACAUCAGUACAGUGCAUAUCAAAACAAACUGCCAAAUCAAGACAAAACACAGUCUGAGUUAGUAGGGCCAUACAAUACACAAGCCAGGACUAAUGCCCCAUUGGAGUCUAACCAGGGUACAUAUAGAAACAGUUAUGGCACAUACCAGGCCCCUGGGAACACCUACUGACCAGUGAUACCAGAAACACUUCCAAAUUGAUAAGUUGAAAGUGCCAUUGUCAGAAUCUUUGAUUUGUAUCAAGAUAAUUUUGUGUUCAAUUUUAAAUGACUGAGAUGACAUUUUGAAUAUGAUAUCAAUAUGCUGUGUCUGAUGAUGAUAGCUAGCGACACUAAUGAAAUACAUGUACUUUACAUAUCACAAAUUUUACAUGAGAAGCUAAAUAUAUUAUUUUACUCUUACAUCAAGCCAUUGUGAGACCCUCUAUAACAAACCAAAGGCUUGAUGCAAGGCUAUACAGAUUUGUACUUCAUUAUUUUAGUAUGUUUGAACUUUAUAGUGCAUAUCUAAAUAUGUCUUAUAUUUAAAAACUAGAGUACAUUCUAUAAAUAUGAUAACUAUAUAUUUUAGUUGACUGAUUUAUAAGCAAUAAGUAACAGUUUAACUGAAAAAUAUUUUUGUAGCAUGGCUGUAAUAUAAUGGCAAUUAUAAACACAUAUAUUUAUGUUAUAUAGAUAGUCCGGACAUUCUACGUAAAUCUAUCAACUUGGCUAUUUUUGAGCCCAAUCACUCUAUAUUUUCAAGAAGCUGUUCUUGAGGUCAAAUGACUGUCAAAUAAUUUAAUUAAGGCCAAAGUUGUUAGAUAGAAUGUCCUUGGAUUUCAUUCUGUUAAUACAUGUGACAUAUGUAUAUUAAACUUAUGUACAUAUGCCUAGCUAUGUGUUGUAUAUAACAUAUAACAAAACACGCUCCCUAAAUAAUGCAAUAUGCAGAAUAGGAAUUGAAUAUUUAACAUGUAUUGAAUCUAAAUGAAUAAUUGGAUACUUCUGUUGGAAGAGUGAUGAAAGUGUUCAUUUCAACUUUAUGUAAAUUACAAUGCACUGUAUAAUUCAUACAUUUAUGUAAAUAUUGCACAAAGAACAGUUUUGUGUUCAGUAUAUUUAAACAAAGACCAAUGCUUUUAUGCCUUAGUGUAUUCAAUAUUUUAUACAACAGCAAUUACAAUUUUAGAGUGACUUUACAUGGGAUUGUGUAAAAAAUUAUUUUGGAAAAAUUGGCUAAAAUAUUUGACCAACCUUGUUACGAAGGAUGGUAGAGUUUAAUCAAUGGCUGUAAUGAAAGUCCAUUGUUUAAUAAUAUUACCAUGGUUACCGUUGUUGAAUAUAAUGUCAAGCUUAACAGUUUUCAUUAAAUAUAGAUUGUAUUUGAUAUUGGAAUGCUGAUACAACAUUUGUUAGAAAUGUAAAGCUGAAUGCCAUAAUAUGAAUAUACUGAGGUACAGGGUGUCUAUAUUGUCUCUUUACACUUGUAAAGAGACUUUAUAUGGACACCCUGUAUAUUCCUUUAUACAAGGGACUUGUGGUGA